AAAUCAGUGAGCGUUAUCUGAUGAAACCUUGUCGCAAGGAGAAGGCGUUCCAUGGAAACUGAUUCCUGGUCAGUUUUGACCAGGAAUCAGGGUGUUCAAGAUGAGCUUCCUCUAAAAGAGAGGCCAAAAAGUAAACAGAAAUCGAGGUAGUAAUGUUAGCUAGUGGCAGCAGGGAUGAAGAAAACAGUGUGUUUUUAAGAAAAGCCAGAAGACAAUUAACAAAAGAAAAAGGCAAGAUGGAGAUGCUAUGUUUCCGCUUACCGGGCCAUGGGGACACGACCCUUAAGCACCUGAACACACUGAGGGCCCGCCAGCACUUCUGUGACAUCACUAUUGUGGCCAGCGACAACCAGAUCUUCAGGGGCCAUAAAGUUGUCCUGGCUGCUUGCUCGCCUUUUCUAAGGGACCAGUUCCUCCUCAACCCCUCCCCUAAGCUCCAGGUGUCAAUGCUGUACAGCUCCACAGUGGUGUGUGAUCUGCUUCAGUCUUGUUACACUGGCCUUCUAGAGUUUAACCCAGAGGAGAUUGUCAACUACUUGACGGCUGCCAGUUACCUACAGAUGGAGCAUAUAGUGGAGCGCUGCCGAGGAGCCCUCAAGAAGUAUGUGCAGCUAAAAAACCCUGGUCCAGCAAAGAUGACUUCAGAGAAGGGCCAGACUCACCCUUUAAUUGUCAGCGGAAGCGUUCAUUCUGUUGCAUCUCCUCCUACCAGCCAACCCUCCCCUUUGCAUCCACAUAGUCCUGUUGUGCGCUCAGUGGAGGAGAACAGCGGAGACAUGUCUGCCCAGGGAAGCAGUCAACACUACCAUGGCAGUCCCAAUUUGGACGAGCCAUGCAUAAAGGUUGGUGCACCAGCUGAGGAGGAAGAGGCCCGACAGGAAGACUAUGAUAUGUUCAGAGUGUACAUCUCAGAAGAGGAUCAGAUGAACAGAGACCUGGAGGAGGAGAGGGGAGAUCCCUCUGAAGGAACACAGGAUACUUGUUACCCAGAGACUGAAGGUGUCGUGAUUGGAGAGGGCGGUGAAUAUGAGCUAAAUCCAACAGAAGAUGAUCUCAGCACUGGGGGACUUUCAGCUGAGGGGCUCCGCGCUUUCAGACGCAGGCUUUCUGAACCUAAAAAUGGGCGGGGUAGAGGGAGAGGCAGGGGUUUUAGGAAGAGAAGGUGGGUGUCAUCACAGGAGAAAAGACUUCCAAACAUGGGUCACAACCAGGAUUUGUGGUACCUAGCAACUGCAGGAAUGGGAGAUAUUAUGAGCAUGGACUACAACCAAGAAGGGCUUAAGUCAGGAAACGUCAUCUCCGUUGAACCCCCACAGUUAGACUACAGCAUCGGCGACGUUAAGGGGGAAAGGGUCUCACCAAUGGGCGGCAACAGUUUGACCCAGUAUGCCCUGGAGGAGUCUAGUGGUGCCGGUGAGGGAAGUUCAGGGCUGACAACUGUCGGGACAAACAAGGGAGGGGAUGAGUCUGUCGCGGUGGUGGGAUCCACGUCCAGUGUAUCUGGGCCUGUGAUCUGCGAGCACUGUGGCAUCACAUUCCCCUCCGCCCACUCCCUAGCCUUCCAUUCCCGCACCACUCACCUGCUCUAUGCCUGCCCCUGCUGCGGCAAACACUUCCACCACUCUGCCAACCUUACCCGGCACAUGGCCGUGCACCGAGGUAGCGGCAAAACUCACCAGUGCCCCCUGUGCUAUAAGACUUUCACCCAAAAAUCCACACUGAUAGACCACAUGAACCUCCACAGCGGCGAGCGGCCACACCGCUGUGCGUACUGCCACGCCCGCUUUGCACACAAGCCUGCCUUAAGACGCCACCUGAAAGAGCAACACGGAAAAACAACAGGGCAGAACUCUCUACAUGAGCAAGAGGAGAGGGAGAGAGCUGGUGGAACAAUACGAGAGGAAGAGCAGGAGUGCCUAGUUACUGAACAAAUGUCAUUAAAGAUGUGAAAGAAUUGUCUAGACAUCUAAAAGCUACAUGGUUGCCUACUGCAGUAACAUUUUGCAGAGCAACAAGUUCAGUGGGGAGGUUGGCCUGUUUGUAGAUAUUGAAGGAACAGUUAACCCCUAAGGAUAGAAUUCCCAUUUUUCUUCUCACUUGCAGUGCUAUUUAUCAGUCUAGGUUAUUUUGCUGUAGAGAUGUCUUCUUUCUCUCGAAUAAUGGAACAGGAUGGCUUUCCUGUUCCAUUAUCCUGCUGUUUGUGGUGCUCCAACCCAAAAAAAGAUAGUUUUAGAGUCUCAACAGCAAUUUCUCUUGAAUGAUCUUUAGUCAAGAUCAUUUACAGACCUUGUUGUGAGCAGUUUUAUGAAAGCACUGUCUUCUUUUACCAAACCAAUUAUGGGUGAACUGUCCCUUCUUAAACAACAGCUGGCAACUGACAGAGAUGCACCUAUAAAAUGUCAGACUGUGAAAACAAAAAUGAAACAUGUUUAAAACAUGUUCAAUAAAAUGACUGAACACAUUUCAAAGAAAAUAUGAUGUAAACCAGCAUCAAUAAAAUUAUUUGGACAAUUUCCUCUAAAUUACAUAUAAAAAUCAUUCAAUGGCACAACAUUAGUCUACCCACCCAGAUGUGGUGCUGGCAGAGGGACACCUCCCUUGUUCUCCUGUAAAUGUUGAUACACCUGUUUGGGGUGUUGUGUUAAAACAUUCAGAAUAAAUAGUUACCCAUAAAGUUGCUUAACUCCCGACCCUUUCGAUGUUGAAAAGUUGGUAUCAAAUAAAUCUGUUACUAGUUACUACACAUGUAAAUGCAUACAUACAUCUCUCACAAUUGGUUUUUGCUGCUUACUCACUGAGUUUUGAUACAAGGAUCAUGGAAAUCUCACUCAAGGUAACAAAGCAUUUUAUUUGUUAUUGUGCUCCAAACUGCAUCUCUAGUUUCAUGAGCCAAAAAGCAUUACAUACCAACCAUGACAAAUUAUUUAUUCAAAGAGACAACAGAUUAUAUUGUAUUUAUGCUGCAACACAGAAGCUCAACUGGCUGAUGUCAUUCAAAAUAACAUUCAAAAGCUAUAAUCCAAAAAUAAAAAAUACUUUUUUUUCAUCACAGGAAA